CUCUAAAAGCCCUACUCAUUCAGAUCUCACUGGACUCAAACUUGUUGCCAUCACAAUGUCGGGUCGACUCGUUCUCCUCCUCUUCCUCUCCUCUCUCCUUCUCUUUUCUCAAUUCUCUCCGUCCUUGUCAACCGACAAGAAUGACGAUGAUCUCGACGAAGACCUUUCCUUCCUCGAACAAGACGACGUCGUCGAACCUCAGCAUUCCAAGUCGGGUCACACUUCAGAUCCGGACGAAUUCGAUGACGACGCCCUCGACGACGAUUUCGACAACCACUCCGACUUCGAUGAGCCCGACUCCGAUUACGGCAAGUAUUCGCAGCCGGAGAUCGACGAGAAGGACGUUGUCGUUUUGAAGGAGAGGAAUUUCAGUGACGUUAUUGAGAAUAAUCAGUAUGUGAUGGUUGAGUUUUACGCGCCGUGGUGCGGCCACUGCCAGGCUCUGGCCCCGGAGUACGCGGCUGCAGCGACGGAGUUGAAGGAGGAGAAGGUGGUGCUGGCGAAGGUGGAUGCAACGGAGGAGAGUGAGCUGGCUCACGAGUACGAUAUUCAGGGGUUUCCUACUGUGUACUUCUUCAUUGAUGGCGUUCACAAGCCGUAUCCUGGCCAGAGGACUAAAGAUGCCAUAAUAACUUGGAUCAAGAAGAAGAUAGGACCUGGUGUUUACAACAUAACCACAAUUGAAGAUGGCGAGCGCAUAUUGACUUCAGAAAAUAAAGUUGUUUUGGGCUUUCUUGACUCUUUGGUGGGUCCUGAGAGUGAGGAGCUUUCUGCUGCUUCAAAACUUGAAGAUGAUGUCAACUUCUACCAAACUGUGAACCCUGAUGUAGCAAAGCUUUUUCAUAUUGACCCUAAAGUUAAACGCCCUGCAUUGGUCCUGCUAAAGAAGGAGGCUGAGAAAUUGAGCCAUUUCAAUGGUAACUUCACCAAGUCUGCAAUAGCUGAGUUUGUAUUUGCUAACAAGCUUCCCUUGGUGACCACCUUUACAAGGGACAGUGCACCCUUGAUUUUUGAAAGUCCAAUUAAGAAACAGCUGUUGCUGUUUGCUACUGCAAAUGAUUCAGAAAAGGUUGUCCCAGCAUUUCAAGAAGCAGCAAAAUCUUUUAAGGGGAAGAUUAUCUUUGUAUACGUAGAAAUGGACAAUGAAGAAAUUGGAAGGCCUGUUUCAGAUUAUUUUGGGGUCACUGGGGAUGCUCCCAAAGUUCUUGCAUACACUGGAAAUGAUGAUGCAAGGAAAUUCAUAUUAGAUGGAGAAGUGACACUCGACAAAGUUAAGGCUUUUGGGGAGGAUUUCCUGGAAGACAAAGUCAAACCCUUCUUUAAAUCAGAUCCAAUUCCUGAGUCUAAUGAUGAGGAUGUGAAAAUAGUAGUCGGGGAUAACUUUGAUGAAAUUGUUUUGGAUGAAUCAAAGGAUGUUCUUCUUGAGAUCUAUGCACCAUGGUGUGGUCAUUGCCAAGCUCUUGAGCCAACAUAUAACAAGCUUGCCAAACAUCUUCGUGGCAUUGAGUCUCUUGUUAUAGCCAAAAUGGAUGGAACCACAAAUGAACACCACAGGGCAAAGUCUGAUGGGUUCCCCACACUUCUAUUCUUCCCAGCAGGAAACAAGAGUUCUGAUCCAAUAACCGUUGACACUGAUCGAACAGUGGUAGCAUUGUACAAAUUCCUGAAGAAACAUGCAUCAAUUCCUUUCAAACUCGAGAAACCAGCUUCAGCUUCAAAACCAGAGGGUUCUGACGCCAAAGAGAGCGAUGAGAGUAGCAGCCCCAGUGAUUUGAAGGAUGAAUUGUGAUGAUUGCUAUGGACUAACACCACUAAGUUAUGUGUCAUGAUAGGGAGGAAAUACUUGUAUUAGAUGAAAAUAGACAUCUGACUGGGAAGGGAUACAAAUUUCCACCCCCUCCCACGCCACCCUCUCUCUCUCUCUCUACUCUCUCUCAAGUUUUGCCUUUCUCUCGCUUCACUAGAAAUUCUGCAUGAGGAUAUAAUAAAAAUUUGCUUUCUCCUUUUCCA